UUCGUUUUCGUGAUAUCGAAUCUUUCGACACGCAAACCGAAGGGAAGAACGUUUCCUGAAAAAUAUUAAACGAGGUAGGAGUGAAUAGAACCUUCUCAACAAAGACAUGGAAACAAAGCUCAGGCAGCUGGAAUGUCUUUUUACAUGGGGUGUGGAAAAAUCAGACAUAAGGGAUUUGAACAGCUUACCCAACAGACUCCAUGACAGGAUCAGAUUUUGUCCACAAAAUUAUCAUGCCACGUAUUUCAACCUUCUGGCUUUCAUCAGCCACUUGGAGGGUAAAACUGAGAGUGCGCUGGACUACCUUCAAAAGGCUGAAUUGGCAUUAAAAGAAGACCAACGAAAUAAAGCUGAGUUCCUUGUGACGUUCUCUAGCUUUGCAUGGGUACACUAUCACUUGCAAAGGCUAAAUGAUGUGGAAGAUUACUUGAACAAGGUGAAAAGUAUAUGCAAUGACAUACCAGGUUCAUCAGAUUACUCCUGCAGCUUGCCAGUAAUACAUGGUGAGAAAGCCUGGAGCUUUCUGAGACUUGGAGGAACGUUUUAUGAGCAAGCAAAAGAGAGUUUCUCUAAGGCUCUUGAAGCGGAACCAGACAACAUGUUGUUUAAUAUAGGCUACGCAAUAGUGCUUUACAGGAUAGACAGUAUGAACAAAGCAGACCACACUGAAACAGCCACUGAACAGCUUAGAAAAGCUCUUAGCCUUGAGCCCACAAACACCGAGAUCAUGGUACUUUUGGCUCUGAAACUCCAGAGGUCAAAGAGACAAGAAGCCCAGAAUCUUAUAAAAGAGGCCCUCAGGUUGUCUCCUGAUGUCCCACAAGUAACCAGGUAUGUGGCUAAAUAUUUCAGGGUAGAAGGCUCCAUUAAAGAAUCACUUUCCGUCCUCACUAGGGCAGUGGAGCAGGCCCCAAACUCCUCCUUCCUGCACCAUCAAAUUGGUCUUUGCCAUAAAAAGCUGCUUAUUCAGAUGUUUGAGGAAAGGAGGCCCGGAAGACGUGUUCCUGCUGCUCAGAAAGCCGCUAAGGUGGCUGAAUGUAUCCAGCACUUUUCGAAGGCUGUAGAGCUGAAGUCGAACAAUAUUUAUGCCAAAGUGAAUUUAGCAGAGGCCUAUGGGGAGAACCGGCAACUUGAACAGGCAGAGAAGAUCUUCAGCAGCCUGAUAGAUGACAAGGCUCUCAGUGAGUCUGAGAAGCAGCACUGCUACACAUCCUAUGGUAUAUUCCUGCUCUACAAGAAAAAGGAUGAAGACGAAGCAGUUGGUCUGUUCAAGUCAGCAUACAUGAUUCCUAUCGACAGCUAUGAAAGGAAACAAGCUGGCAAGAAGCUCACACUAAUCGCCGAGAGGAAUCUCAACACCAAGCAGAAAGUCAGAGAGGCAUUCGAGAUUUUGGCUUUUAUAUCAUCUGAAGACAAGCAGGAGACGCAAGCAAAGGAGUAUCUGCGGAGAGCCCAUCAGCACUGCUCGCAUACUGACGAGCUGUCAGAAAGCUUUGCUAAGGGACUGAAAUUUUAACUAAUUUCUUGUACAUACAUUUAUCAAAAAACGUAUUAUAAGGCUUUAAAUGUUGACUUAUUCGUUUUCAUUAACCCCCGGUUUCACAGACAAGGCUUAAGCCUAGUACUAGACUAAAAUGUAAGUCUGAGCUGAUCUUAAAAUAUAUCAGUGCCUGU